AUGGGCUGGCUGUCUCACAUCUACGAGGCCGAGUACAUUUUUCCUGACGACGCACAAGCGGAUGCCAUACGGGCUGCCAUAGUGGAGGCACUCGAGAGCACACCACGCUAUGCACACAUCACGGCCGAGGCGGAGCUGCAACACCUCUUCCAACGGCACGGCGACCAGCACUCAGUCAGGCACGCCUACCACGAUCACGAGGUCGCAAACGCCGAGCUCACCGUCUACGUAAGCCUGAGACGGUUGGUGAUGUGGCUGCAGGGCACGCACUCGACCAAGGUGUUCAAGUUCGUGGACGAUCUGGCGUUCACGUUCGCCACUGUGGACGGCAAGACGGUGGUGCACACGCUCAGCAUCUCGCGAAUAGGGCAGGGCGACAUGUUUCAGAACCGAAAGAACAUCAGCAUCAUCAUGGACACUGUCAACGCCAGGAUGCCCUACGAACGCGUGGUCGUCUUGCAGAAGUGA